AUGAAAAUAACAACAAAAAUAUCUAUGGAUACAAGUAUUGAAUUAAUUGAAUAUUGUAAUCGUGGUAUUUUGAUCUAUGAAGGUGAAUCAAAUAAAAAGAAAUGUUUAUGUCCACCAAAUUAUUUUGGUGAUCAAUGUCAAUGGCAAAGUCAACGUGUUAGUUUAACACUUCAAAUACGUCCAAUGGGUUCUAUUGAUAAAAAGAAUUCUAUUUAUCAUAUAUUUAUUUAUCUUAUUGAUGAUGAAUAUAAAAUAAUUCAUUAUUAUGAACAAAUCAAUUAUAUACCAUCAAUAGAUUGUCAAACAAAAUUUAAUCGUUAUUUACUUUAUCCAACAAGACCAAAAAAUGUAAAACAUAAUUAUUCAAUACAUAUUGAUAUAUUUGAUAAAAUAACAUUAAAUUAUUAUGGAAGUUGGUAUUUAUCUAUUCCUUUUCCAUUUUUACCGGUUAAUCGUUUAUCAACACAAUUAAUUAUUCCAUAUGAGAAAUCGGAAUUUUCGAAAAAUUGUUCAUUAGAAUGUGGAAUACAUGGAAAAUGUUUUUAUUAUAUCAAUUCACCAAAAUCAUUUUGUAAAUGUGAUCAAGAAUAUUCCGGUCAUUUUUGUCAUUUAAAACAUGAAUGUUCAUGUUCAUCCGAUUCAAUUUGUUUAAAUUCAUCGAUUUGUUUAUGUCCAUUAAAUAAAUUUGGUUCAAAAUGUUAUUUACAACAUACAUCUUGUCAACCUGAUAAUCCAUGUCAAAAUAAUGGACAAUGUAUACCGAUUAAUGAUCGAAUUAAUAAGAAAGGGUUUAUUUGUUUAUGUAAUGAAGGUUAUAUGGGAUUAAAUUGCGAAUAUAAAUCAAAUAGAAUUGAUAUUACUUU